CAGGUUAAAACCUGAUACUAAAUUUGUAAAAAAGUGCAGGCUGGAACGCACCCGGAGAAGCGGCAACCCGCGCAACACGUCCUGAAGGGGGCGACUGUGACCCGUAUCUGCAGGCCCCGGUCCCCGUCCGGCGUGACGUCACCGCUGCCUAUCUAAGUUGGCGAACCGCUGUUUUCUGUCCUUUUCUUACGAGUCCUGAGACGGGUAGGGAUCCAAAACCAUCUUCCCUUGAACGUCACAUUUUUACAAUCCAACUAAAAUGAUCAUCUACAAGGAUAUCAUCACCGGAGAUGAGCUGUUCACCGAGGUCUACAAAAUCACGGAGGUCUGCGACGGUAUGCUGUACGAGGUACAGGGAAAGCUCACGUCCAGAUCGGAGGACGUAGAUGGGGCUUUGAUCGGUGCCAACGCCUCAGCAGAGGGCGGAGAUGAGGGCAGUGAAGCGUCCACAGUCAGUGGAGUUGACAUUGUGCUCAACAGCAAACUGCAGGAGACCUCAGCCUACAACAAGAAGGCUUACCAGAGCUACAUCAAGGGCUAUAUGAAGGCAGUCAAGGCUAAACUAGAGGAGCAGGGUUCGAAGAGGGUCCAGGCCUUCAUGGCUGGAGCUCCAGCAGCUGUCAAGAUGAUCCUGGGAAACCUCGAUAAAUACCAGUUUUUCACCGGCGAGUCCAUGAACUGUGAUGGAGCCAUCGGCCUGCUAGACUACCGCGAGGACGGAGUCACACCUUUCUUCGUAUUCUUCAAAGACGGCAUCGAGAUCGAGAAAUACUAAACCAUCUGGACGUCGAACAGAAGUGCCUGGAUCGGAGGGAGCGUGUCCGCUUGUUACCAUAGCUACCACCGCCCCUGAUCAUGGACAGACUGACCCAACCCUGCCUGCUUGUUACCGUAGCGACCACCGCCCUGAUCAUGGACAGACUGACCCUGCCUGUAUCCCUCCCAAUGCCCGGAACAGACUUGUCUUUCUUUAAUCAAGUUUUAUUUUUCGCCCAAACCUUCUCCUUCUCUUCGUCCCCCUCCCGCAUCUGGCCUCCGAGGGAGACGCCACGCCCUGUUUCUAAACGGCUGGUCGUCGGUCAGGACCGCCCCCCCUCACCACCAUGGAUGGAUGGAUUGAACUGUGCCGGCUUGGCUGCUGUGUCCGUGGUGACUUCCGUCAGACGUCCAGCGACAUUAAGCUCCCACCUUGCUCUCUCACACAAAUGUAAAGGACUCAUUGACACUAUGUUGUGAAAUAAAUGGGCCUAUUGGCCGAAAUACAA